AUGGCCGCAACCCCGAGCUCGGCGGCCUUAAUGUCCGACGUCGAGCCACCCAGCUCACCUGUCCAUGUCGAAAAAUCAUUUAUGACAGCUGUUACCGAAGACGACGACACGCGGAUGAUGGCAACCCCAGAGCCUUCCGAGCGCCAAUCCCGCGGCAAGAAGCGCGGUCGCGACGAUGGCGCCAACGGCAAUCCCAUCGGCAAGAUCCGACACCUCAAGAAAGACGACGGCGAGCCGCUCUGGCGCAAGGACAUCCAAUACGACUUCCUCAAAGCCGUCUUCGAUAAUGAGGCAAAGGUAUUCACCAACAGCUACGAGAAAGAUCGCAUUGGCAGCCAGUGCUUCGCCGACCUCUACAUCGACACCAUGUCCCGGAGCAGCAAGACCAGUAAGGUCCUCCGAGACAAGCUACUCAGUGAUCGCGAGGCUGCCAAGGGUAUGGCCAUGGUCUGCCUCCUGGUCAACGUAGGCCGCAUGAACACCACCCUCAACUCCCCAGUCUUCCCCGAGAUGCGAGCCCAGCUGCGCACCUACCACGCAAUCCCUUGCCUGCAGGCCCGGCAAGACCCCCAUGCCUACAAACAACUGCAAGAUGCCCCCAGGUUGAAGUCCAUUUUGAAGGGAGGAUCCGAUGACCGGCCCGAGCCAACGUCGCUUGACGAGAUAAAAGGGAUCGAUGUUCCACGCACAAAUCCGGUCAACCUCCUCUUCCUCAUCUGUCAGGCUGCCACCAAGAUUGCGGAGCUCCACUUCCCCCCGGGCCAGGAGUUCCACGACCUUAUCAUGAAGACCAACUACAGCAGCGAGAGCCGUGCCCGCGCCUUUCUCUGGCUCAUGUGGUUUUAUCUCGAAUCCGACUUCACCGAGGAAGGGUGCGAGGAGAACCCCUUUGGCGCUGGCGUGGAUUACAACGUCGACGUCGCGAAUCAAGGAGUUCCUCGCAUAGAUCCGCUUACCGAGGAGGAGGCGGCACUAGAGAACGUCGACACCCAGGAGGAGAUUGACUUUGGGUUCACGAAGCAAAAGAUGCGUGCUAAGAUCAUCGAGGCUGACCAGCAGUUCAUGGCCGAGAGCCAAGGCAAGCGAGGCGGCGGCCGUGGCCGGGGUUUCCCCGCUGGUGACGACGUCGGACCGACGACAGGCAUCCUCCCGCGAAUUCGCCCCUCCAAAAACGAAAGUGACCUGGAUAGCGUCCGGUCAACGCCGCCACCCCGUGCCCUUGGUCGCCAGAGCGGCGUUUUUGGGAGCAUUGGUCGUAGAGGGCCGCAUUCGCUCAAAUACCAAGUUCUGGAUGGCUCGUCCCCUGGCGGCGAUAGGAUGAUUGAAGGGGUAAUGGCGCGUAAGCCGCGCCCACCAACCGCCCACCAGCUCGCAGUGGAGCGCAACCGCUCCCAGCGCGUCGAGCACAUACUCGACCGGGGCCUGCGCCGCGGCCGCCACCGCGCCCGCAAAGAGCACCGCGACGAAGGAGCUGUCCUCCGCGCCCUCCCCCGGCUCGCCCAGAUGGACAACCCCUUCGACGAUAGCGAGGACGAGGAGGUCGCCGCCAUCCUCGGCAAGCACUCGGCCUCCGCUCCCAGCGACGGGAGCAAGCGCAUGCGCGAGAGGGGCUACGGCGGGCUCGCUCAGCUCAAGGACGAGCCCGACGAUUUCGGCGAGCAAGUUAGCUCCUACGCCGCCGCAUUCCGCCGCACCAAUCGCCGCUUGGCCCGCUGGGAGAACCACCAAGGGCCGCCGUUGGGUGUCGUCCGGCCGGUCAAGCGGCCGAAGCUCAACGGCGCCGGCCAUGGCGACGACGAAGACGAUGGCGACGAGGAGGGCGAGGGCGAGGGCGAGGGCGAGAACUCGCCCUCCAAGGAGAUGAUCGACCCUGCUGAGACCGAAGACGAGAACGAGACGGUCGAGGAUACGCCCAUGGAUGACGCCGAUGAUCUGGACGACGUGGAUAAGGGGCUGCUUGGCCUUGGCGACGACGACGAGGGCGAAGGGGAAGGCGAGGGUGAGGGUGAGGGUGAGGGUGAGGGUGAGGGGGAGGGCGAGGAUGAGCUGGAUGACGUCGACAAGACACUGCUGGGUAUGGAUGGCGACUCCGACUCGGAUUGA